AUGGGAUGCGCGCAGUCGAGAAUAGAGAAUGAAGAAUCGGUUUCCAGGUGCAAAGAGAGGCGGAAUCUCAUGAAAGAGGCGGUUGGAAUAAGAAACGCCUUUGCCUCGGCUCACUCCGGAUAUUCGAUCUCCCUGAAGGACACCGGAGCCGCUCUCAGCGACUACGCUCAGGGGGAGGUCCCUCCGCGGCCGCUGGAGGCAGCGGCGCCGUCCGACCCACCGCCGUCCGAGCGGCCGCCGCCGCCCCCUCCGCCAAUUGAAUCCACCCUCCCUCCUCCGCCUCCCCCGCUCCCGAGCUUCUCCCCCAUGCCGCCCCUUAAACGAGCGGUCACCAUGCCGGCGACUUUAUCAGAGGGCAUGAAGGGGAAAAUGAAAGGCAUUGCCAUGGAUGAUGGAGAUAUUUAUGAGGAGGAGGAGAUUGAUGAGGAAGAAGAAGACGAGGAGGAGGAGGAAGAGGAGGAGAAAGUAGGGCUUCGCAGACCGAAAAAGGGAGCUGAGGAGGGUAAAGUAGAUAGAACACCUGUAAGGGCCCCGCCAAAUCCGGCGACCCCACCGGAACUUAAAGGGAUGGCGUGGGAUUAUUUCUUCAUGGACAACAUGGCCCAGUCGAAUUUGGACGAGGUCGAGGAGGAGGAGGAGGAGGAAAUAGAGGAAGAAAUGAAGGGUCGUGUCGAGGGCAAAAAUGGAAAUCCCGAGGAUUUCGAGUUCAGGACGCCUGAGAAGCUUAAUAAGCAAGUGGGGUUCGAGGGGAUUGAGGAGUUCAAGACGCCAGACGAGACUCCGACCGAGAAGCAGUUUGUGCAUUCGAAAACGGCCCCACCUGCAAUGAGUAGAUUUGCCGGUGGUGGAAAUGUUGUGGGAAAUAGUGCUAGUAAUAAUAAUAAUAGUAAUGGUGUGGAUUUAUUGAAAAUAUUGAGUGAGGUGGACGAUCAUUUUCUCAAGGCUUCUCAGAGUGCGCAGGAGGUCUCGAAGAUGCUGGAGGCCACACGGCUGCAUUACCAUUCGAAUUUCGCGGAUAAUCGAGGACAUAUUGACCAUGCUGCAAGGGUCAUGCAAGUUAUUACUUGGAAUAAAUCCUUCAGAGGCGUUCCUAAUGGGGACGGGACGAAAGAUGAUCCAGAAGCAGAAGAUUACGAGACACAUGCUACCAUUUUAGAUAAGUUGCUAGCGUGGGAGAAAAAGCUUUUUGAAGAAGUUAAGACUGGCGAGCUUAUGAAACUCGAGUAUCAAAGGAAAGUUGCCCAGCUGAACAAACUGAAAAAACGAAAUGCUAGUGGCGAACAACUGGAGAAAGCAAAAGCUGCCGUUAGCCAUUUGCACACGCGCUACAUUGUUGACAUGCAAUCUUUAGAUUCAACUGUCUCCGAGGUGAAUGAUAUACGAGACAAGCAGCUUUACCCGAAACUCGUGGCUCUUGUUCAUGGGAUGGCCAAGAUGUGGGAAUCCAUGUGCGGCCACCACGACUCGCAGCUCCAGGCCGUGUCGGGCCUCCGGGCCCUCGACGCCUCCGGCCUCGUCAUCAUCGAGACCACCAAGCAACACCACGCCCAAACCCGCCAGCUGGCGUCCGUCGUCGAGCGUUGGCACUCGCAGUUCGAGAAGCUCGUCUCAAGCCAACGUAAUUACGUAAAUACCCUCAACGCCUGGCUCAAGCUCAACCUCGUCCCCAUCGAGCGCGCGGAUAAGUCCACCUCAGCCCCGUCUCCUCCGCGGGCCCCACCGAUUCAGCCCUUACUCCGGUCGUGGCACGACCACUUGGAGAAGCUCCCGGACGAGGUGGCGAAAGGGGCGAUUUCGUCAUUUGCGGCCGUGAUCCAGACGAUCGUGCUCCACCAGGAAGAGGAGAUGAAGCUGAAGGAGAAAUACGAGGAUACGCAGAGGGAGUAUCUUAGAAAAAAGCAGUCUUUCGAAGAGUGGUAUCAGAAGCACGGUCAGAGGAAAGGCUCGAUUCCGAACGACGACGAGGGAGGAGAGCCGCCACCGGGGAAAGAUCCGGUGGCCGAGCGGCAGUUCGCGGUGGAGAGUCUGAGGAAGAGGCUGGAGGAGGAAAUGGAGGAGCACCAGAAGGUUUGCGUGCAGGUGAGGGAAAAAUCGCUCGGGAGUUUGAAAGUGAGGCUGCCUGAGCUAUUCCGGGCGCUCUCCGAUUACGCACACGCUUGCCGGGAAGCGUACGGGAGGCUGAGGGGUCUCGUUGAAGAUUCGUCGUGA